GCGCCCGCCCCUUCCUGCGGCGCCUGCGCAGAGCCGUCGGCCUCCCGGGGGCUGCAGCGUGAGGCCGAGCGGGCUCUCCGUCUCUGGGGGGAGGAUGGCGACCGACUCGUGGGCGCUGGCGGUGGACGAGCAGGAGGCGGCCGCCGCGGCCUCGCUGAGCAACUUACACCUGAAGGAGGAGAAUCUCAAGCCAGAUGCCAACGGUGCCGUUGUCAAGACAAGCAACAAUGCCGAGAAGACAGAAGAGGAGGAGAAGGAGGAUCGGGCUGCCCAGUCGUUGCUGAACAAGCUCAUCCGUAGCAAUUUGGUGGACAACACGAACCAGGUGGAGGUGCUGCAGAGGGACCCGACCUCGCCCCUCUACUCGGUCAAGUCUUUCGAAGAGCUGCGCCUGAAGCCCCAGCUGCUGCAGGGGGUUUACGCCAUGGGGUUCAACAGGCCCUCCAAGAUCCAGGAGAACGCCCUGCCCAUGAUGCUCGCGGAGCCCCCACAGAACCUGAUCGCCCAGUCCCAGUCCGGCACCGGGAAGACGGCAGCCUUCGUCUUGGCCAUGCUUAGCCGGGUUGAGCCGGACCACAGAUAUCCCCAGUGCCUCUGCCUUUCCCCCACCUACGAGUUGGCUCUCCAGACUGGGAAGGUCAUCGAACAGAUGGGCCGCUUCUACCCUGCGCUGAAGCUGGCCUACGCCGUCCGGGGCAACAAACUGGAGCGUGGGCAGAAGAUCGCAGAGCAGAUCGUCAUCGGGACCCCGGGUACCGUCCUGGACUGGUGUUCGAAGCUCAAAUUCAUUGACCCCAAGAAGAUCCGGGUGUUUGUUCUGGACGAGGCCGACGUCAUGAUCGCCACCCAGGGGCACCAGGACCAGAGCAUCCGCAUCCAGAGGAUGCUUCCCCGGGAUUGCCAGAUGCUGCUCUUCUCGGCCACCUUCGAGGACUCGGUAUGGAAGUUUGCCCAGAAGGUGGUUCCCGACCCCAACAUCAUCAAGCUGAAGCGGGAGGAGGAGACGCUGGACACCAUCAAGCAGUAUUACGUCCUCUGCAGCAGCCGGGAGGAGAAGUUCCACGCCCUCUGCAACAUCUACGGGGCCAUCACCAUCGCCCAGGCCAUGAUCUUCUGCCACACUCGCAAGACGGCCGGCUGGCUGGCGGGGGAGCUGUCCAAAGAAGGCCACCAGGUUGCCCUCCUGAGCGGGGAGAUGAUGGUGGAGCAGCGGGCGGCCGUGAUCGAGCGCUUCAGGGAGGGCAAGGAGAAGGUCCUGGUCACCACCAACGUCUGCGCUCGAGGCAUAGACGUGGAGCAAGUCUCCGUGGUCAUCAACUUUGAUCUCCCGGUGGACAAAGACGGGAACCCGGACAAUGAGACCUACCUGCACCGCAUCGGCCGCACGGGGCGCUUCGGCAAGCGAGGUCUGGCCGUCAACAUGGUGGAUAGCAAGCACAGCAUGAGCAUCCUCAGCCGCAUCCAGGAACAUUUCAAUAAGAAGAUCCAUAAAUUGGAUACAGAUGAUUUGGAUGAGAUUGAGAAAAUUGCUAACUGAAGGGGGGCCCGAGGGGAAUUGAGGGGGCCCGCCUUCUGCCCCGUGGCUGUCCCGCCCAAAAUGGACACGCCAUCCUGACAGGCAUGUCUCCUCACCAGCCACAUGAGAAGUGGGGUGUCGUUCCCACUCCCCACCCCCACCCCGAGAUCACAGAA